UGAGAUAUUACUUUGACAGUUCGGCCAACGAAUACAUUGUUUACAGUGAAGUAAAUAUGAAGAGGCAAGCCAUAGCUACGCUAAAAACGUUGACAAUUUCAUAGUUUCAUUGAGUUUUUGUCCACGAUUUGUACUUAUACUGUAAACAUAGUGAAUAUUCUGUUUGAAUCUAAUGAAAAAAUCAUGAAUUUUUUGUGUUUUGUGCUGUUUUUGGUGCCAGUCUGUGCUUCGGAAUUAAGCGUGACUUAUCUUCAACCAGGCGAUACUCAUACCUAUGCAUACCUUAAGCGAUUCGGUUCAUUCGAACCGGAUUUGCAAAUUUACUGCUUUCGCGGGCAAAGCAAAUCGAUUGCGGCAAUUUUUCAGAGCUUAAGAUUUCGCAUAAACAUUGACAAUGAUGAUUUUGUUCAAUUCGAGGGCGAAUCACCGGACGAGGUGAAACAACAUUAUGACAAUCAACGCACCAUCUUCUCUUUCAAUGUGAUGAACGUAGGCAAACGGAAAAUCAUCAAGAUCGAUCCAUUCAAUCAGACAUGCGUCGGAAUCGAAACAGCACACAAAUACACCGUGCAAUUGAACAUUGUGCGCAUCGACAUUGGCAAAAUUCUUUUGCUUGGCGCCGGCUUAGUCCUUUUCUUCUAUGCAAGAACAUUGAGCCAAACGCCACUGUUCUACUAUCUGACCGGAAUCUUCCUCGGAAUAUUCGCAUCUUUCUUGGUGGUCGUUUAUUUCAGCAGUAAACUGAUACCGAAGAAACCGGCAAUGUAUGGCAUGCUGAUCGGAGGAUGGACUGUUGGCAUUUACUUCAUACAAAUGAUAAUCGAAAAUCUAAACACAAUCCUAUUCGUUUAUCAAACGUACGUGUUUUGGUAUGUAAUAGUGACUGGAUUUCUUAGCUUUGUCAUAUGCUAUCGAUUAGGACCGCCAAAAAAUCAACGAAGCAAAGAUCUAAUCAAAUGGAGUCUUCAGCUGGGAGCCAACAUUAUGAUAUUCUAUUCAAGUAGCUAUCACGAAGCCUCUGUCAGUAUUAUGAUUCUUACCAUUUGCAUCUAUUAUUUUCCUUUGACUGUUGUGCAGAAAUUUCGGGGAUUUUGGCUUCGGCGAUUCCCACCGAAACCACGCCUUUUGACCAGCGAUGAAUUUCAUGCACAAUCUGUUUUUGAAACAACAAAAGCACUUGAAGAGCUCAAGAAUUACUGCAACAGUCCAGAUAGCAAACCAUGGCGCAUGAUGACUCGCUUGAAAGAUCCACAACGAUUUGCUUCGUUCAUCGAGGGUGGAUCCCAUUUAGAGGACGAUGAAAUCUUGGAAUAUGAAACGACACAGAUCGAACGAGAUGAUGACAUCAACACAGACGAUGAGGAUGAUCUAAUGACUGAUUCGGAUUCCGACAAAUAGAAUCAACAAAUUUUCACAUGUUUUCAUCAUAAUUAUCACCCACUUUAAAUUACACAUUCAUCCUGAAGUCAUAUCAAUGUUUUGUACCAUAUAAAUACAAUUCAAAUACGCGACAAUUAUACUCAAUCUUUAUCGUCUUUUUCUUCUACAUCGGAAAAGAAAAAUGCCUUACUCUAUAAGAAUUCGAGUCAAUUUAUACUAUUAAGAAUGCAUGAUGGCAUCCCAAAACUUUUGUUAAAUAAAUAAGACUUUGUUGCGAUAAAAA